GUUUCAGUCUUUGCCGCCGCUCGUCCCUCUCUCUCUCUCACUCUCACAGUCUAAUUCCAUCUUUCUCGCCGUCGCCCGUCGCCGGUCACCGGUCGCCGCCGUCAGACGAGACAUGGAAGUUGCGGUCGAAGCGGCUCAGGAACUCACCGAAUCUCACCACGAUGUGAAGCUUUUCAACCGCUGGACCUUUGAUGAUGUCCAGGUUAACGACAUCUCUCUGGUGGAUUAUGUUGGAGUUGCACCUGCCAAGCAUGCAACUUAUGUUCCACACACUGCAGGUCGUUACUCUGUGAAGCGUUUCAGGAAGGCCCAAUGCCCAAUUGUGGAGAGACUUACAAACUCGCUUAUGAUGCAUGGUAGGAACAACGGGAAGAAACUAAUGGCUGUGAGGAUCAUCAAGCAUGCAAUGGAGAUUAUUCAUCUACUAACUGAUCUUAAUCCAAUUCAAGUUAUCGUCGAUGCUGUUGUUAACAGUGGACCCCGAGAAGAUGCUACUCGAAUUGGUUCAGCUGGUGUCGUUAGGCGUCAAGCUGUGGAUAUAUCCCCGCUGCGACGUGUAAACCAGGCAAUAUACCUUCUCACAACCGGUGCUCGUGAGGCUGCCUUUAGAAACAUCAAGACGAUAGCAGAAUGUUUGGCUGACGAACUCAUCAAUGCUGCAAAGGGCUCUUCAAAUAGUUAUGCCAUCAAGAAAAAGGAUGAGAUUGAGAGAGUUGCAAAGGCCAAUCGUUAAGGAUGAUUGGAGGGAAGAAGAUGAGUUUUGUUUGGUUUUUUUUUGUUCUUUCCCAAGUUUUUACGGACAUGGUUGUCAAUGUUUUGCUUUGUUUUCCUUGCGACGUAAAUUCAUCCAAUACUUGAUUAAGGAUUAAGGAUUAAGAGUAUUGAUAUUGGUAAAUUGCUGAAGUUUAAUUUAUCUUUGCGUUUAUAGAUUUGUGA